AUGAAAUCAUUUAUUUUUUACAUUUUUGUUGGAAUAUUUUUACCAUUUAUUAAUGGUGUAGUUGUUUUUGAUAAUAAUUUUAAUACGAAUAAAUUACCAUCAGCUUAUUCAUGUAAUUACGGUAUUUUUUCUUCAGCUCUAAAUACCUUUAUAACUGAUGCAAAUAUACAAAAUCUUGGAACAAAUUUAACAACAAAUGGUAAUAAUCUUCAAACUGCUAUAAAUUUACUUUUAACAAAUGCUUAUACAACUAAUGAAUCAACAACUCAGGAUACAUUUUAUAAAUUAUGUGCAGCACAAAAAACAUUUUAUGGAAAAUUAGGAUAUCAAAAUGUUUUAGGAUGUUUAAAUGUAUUAAAUCUUGUCACUCAUAAUUAUACUUUAAAUGAUGCUUAUCUUUUUGAACAAAUUUUUACAUCUUUAAAUUAUCAAUGUUCUUCUGGUUUUAGGAUUAAUAUUGCACAUAUUAAUGAUUAUGCUUUUACUCUUGUUAAUAAUGCAACAUUGAUAGGAAGUAUAACAAAUAACUUUUAUGGAACAAUUAAUUUACCAUCAACUAAUGAUGAACAAAAAUGUUCUGCAUUAAAGAAAUACCAUAAUAAUAUGGGAAAUCUUUUUGGUAAAAAUGGUAAAAGUACUGAAUUUGCUUAUGUUAUUUGUCAACAGUAUGCUUAUUAUAUGUUAAUUAAAGUUCCACAAUGUUAUCUUUUAACAUAUAAUUGUAAUUUUAAUGAUUUUUUAAAUAUUAAUUAA